AUGAAUUAUAUUUCAGAUUGCAGUCCAAAUGCGAUGUACAUUGAACAAUACAAGGAGUUCUUGUGUGGAUGGGGUGCGGGUUGUAUUGAAACGGUGACGUUGUUUCCACAGAACAAAAUAAUAUUCAGACAACAGUUGCACGGUAUCGUUUUUAAGGCCGCUUUUGAGCAGGUUAUUUAUCGCUAUUUUCAUUGUUGUCAUUCCUUGUUGAGUUUUGCAGUCAAUUAA